UGCAAUUCUACGAUUGGCCACUAAGCGGCAGUAAUGAAAACGCCAUGUGAAUGAGAGACCUAAAAACGUAGACAACCUACACCGGAAGUACGACUUGAGUCCCUGACACCAAGCGCAGUCACCGCGAAGGUAAAAUAUGGCUCAUAGGCUGCUAGCGCGCAGGAUUUGGACGCUCUCUGCCAAAGAGAUCCGCCGCCUCCCAGCAUCUUCCGCCGCCUUGGUCUCCACUUCCUAUUCCACCUCCCUGCAGCCUUCCUCAGCCCGGGUCUCCUUCCUCUCCCCUUCACACGCUCUGCCUCACAGUCUUCCUCACGCCUCCUGUCGUCAAGUCUCCUUCAACGUGCAGGACAAUGAGGAUUUCACAGAGAGGGUCAUCAACAGUCAACUGCCAGUACUGAUUGACUUUCAUGCACAGUGGUGUGGGCCUUGUAAAAUCCUUGGACCAAGGUUGGAGAAGGCUGUUGCGAAACAAAAAGGCCGUGUUGCCAUGGCGAAAGUCGACAUUGACGAUCACACAGACCUGGCUAUUGAAUACGGGGUGUCUGCCGUUCCAACAGUUAUCGCGAUGAGAGGAGGCGAUGUCGUGGACCAUUUUGUGGGCAUCAAAGAUGACGAUGAACUGGACUCGUUUGUCAGCAAGAUCAUCGGGAAAUAAAUCCGCGUUGCCAGGCCUGUCACUUGA